AUGUCAGAAACAAAACAAGAAUGUUGUGCUUGUGGACCUGGUUAUAAAUCGCCUUUAGACGCCUUCAAAAAUGCUCCUCGUGAGAAGAUUAUUUUUGUGACCUGUCCUAAUGUUGACCAAGCUAAACCUGAUAUGUUGGCGACUGUAGAUGUUGAUCCAAAGAGUGAGGACUAUUGCAAGAUAAUUGGCAAAAUAGAGGUUCCAAAUGCUUCAGAUGAGGUUCACCACACUGGUUGGAAUAUUUGUUCUUCGUGCCAUGAGGAUGCUGGACGUAAACGUUCGCAUUUAAUUUUGCCGUGCUUAAACUCUUCGCGUAUUUAUAUAAUUGACGUUACAAAGGAUCCGAAGAAGCCUGAACUUACCAAGACAAUUGAGCCAAAACAACUCUUUGAUUUGGGGGUUGGUUUCCCUCAUACUACACAUUGCCUUGCUGAUGGAACUAUUAUGAUUAGCACAUUGGGUGAUGAGAAGGAUUCCCCAAAAGGUUUUAUUUUAACUUUCAUGAUGGGAAAUUACGAUAUUUUUCAUGCAACUCAGUGCCUGCGGACGAUUUAUUUUUCUUUGCCUAAAAAUCCAUUUUCAGGCGAUUUUCUGCUUGUCAACUCUGAAACCUUUGAGCCAAUAAGUCGCUGGAUUCCUGAGGGUCAAAAUGCGUUGCCUUAUAAUUAUGACUUUUGGUAUCAACCUCGUCGUGGAUUGAUGAUCAGCACAGAGUGGGGAAGCCCAAAAAGUAUUAAGCAAGGUUUUAAUCCUGCAAAUGUUGAUAAGGACUAUGGUCAUUCUGUACAUGUCUGGGAUUGGCAGAAACGUCAACUUAUUCAGACAAUUUCUCUUCAACAACCAGAAGGCAAUAUUCCUCUGGAAGUCCGUUUUCUUCAUGAACCAUCGCGAGCACAUGCUUUUGUGGGAACUGCUUUAGGUUCGGCUAUCUUCCAUUUUUGGCGUAAUGAGGAAGGCCCGGGUCAGAUGGAACAUUCAAUGGUUGCUGCUAUUCCACCAAAAAAAGUACAAGGAUGGGCACUUGAAUGGAUGCCAGCACUUAUAACUGACAUUCUUGUCUCAAUGGAUGAUCGUUUUUUGUACAUUUCUUGUUGGUUACACGGAGAUAUUCGUCAAUAUGAUAUUACAGAUCCGGCAAACCCAAAACUUGUUGGACAGUGUUUUAUUGGUGGUUCGAUACAUAAAGAAAGUGGAGUGAAAGUUCUCGAAGACAAGGAAUUGACGUCACAACCUGAACCUCUUUUUGUCAAAAACAAAAUUGUGCAAGGAGGACCUCAAAUGUUACAAUUGAGUUUGGAUGGACGACGUCUUUAUGUGACCAAUUCUUUGUAUUCUGUUUGGGAUAAACAAUUCUAUCCAAAAUUGUUGAGGUGGGUUAAAAGUUUUUUUUAUUUUUUGAAGGGUGUGCGAAAUUUUAUUUUGUUCUUUUUUGCGCUUAUUAGGAAUUUUUAA